AUGAAGAGCGCCUUCGUCGCAGCAGCCACCGCGGUCUUUGCCGGACUCGCUUCGGCGGUCGACCUACCCACCGGCUGGUUCUCCAUCGCCCCUGAUGACGAGAUUCAACCUGGCGAUCUUAAGGGCAAGCCUCGCUACCUGACAUGGAUGGCCGACUCCCAGAUUAAGCAUGGAGUCGAGCCCACUCACGCCUACACUAUCUCGUCAUUCUACUCGGGCGUCAUGCUGGCGUACGAGCGCACUGGCGACCAGAAGUACCUUGACUACGUCAAGCACGCCACCGAUAUCAUCCUCUACCCCGAGUGGGACGGCACCAUCUUGCUGUACAACAACAGUAACUCGAUCGAUGACAUCCGCUUCGGACACACGUUCCUCGACAUUUACAACAAGACGGGCAACGAGAUUUACAAGACGGCUGCCUCGACCCUGCGCAAGCAAAUUGACCGCACUUACCGCACGCCCGACGGCGGCUUCUACCAUCGUUACCCGGUCUACAUCGACCAGAUGUGGCUUGACGGCAUCUACAUGCUCGACGUCUUCUAUGCCCGCUGGACCCGCGAGUUCGAGCCCGACAACUCGACCGCCUGGGACGACAUCGCCCUCCAGUUUGACCUCAUCGACGCCGGCACCACGGUUGACCGGAACCGCACUAACGGCCUGCCUCUGCACGGAUUCGACUACAGCAAGAAGUCCAUCUGGGCCGAUCCCGAGACUGGUGCCUCGCCUCACGUCUGGGGCCGCGCUGUUGGCUGGUACAUCAUGGCUCUUGUUGACGUUAUCGAGCUGUUCCCCAAGGACCAUGAUGGCUACGAUCGUCUCGUCGGCUACCUCCAGUCCGUCGCCGAUGCCGUUGUCGCCGCCCAGGACGAGAAGACCAAGGGCUGGUACCUCGUCAUGGACCCUGGCCUGGAGAACGAGUGGGGCAACUACAUUGAGAGCUCCGGCUCGGCCAUGUUCGUCUACGGCCUGCUCAAGGGUCUCCGUCUUGGCCUCAUCGACGGCAAGAAGUACCUCAACGCCGCGCUGUCUGGUUAUGAGCUCAUGACGGAGACAUUUUCUGUGCCACGGGACUCUGAUGGCGCGCUCGUCUGGGAGUGGACUGUGCAGACCGGCAGCUUGAGCUCGAACGGCACUUUUGAGUACUACGCAAGCCAGCCGCUGUUCGAGAAUGAUCUCAAGGGUGUCGCGCCAUUCCUCUUCUCCAGCUACGAGUUUGAGCUGCACCUGGAGGGCGGCUGCAAGGCUUGA